AAUGGAAAGCAGUACUCACACUGAUACCUCUAAUCCUUUCAUUAGUGAAGAGAAGCCAAAGCCUCAGGUUAAUUAUAGUGCUUAUUUAAAUCCUCAACGGAGGAGUUCAGGCUUGACUUCAAAGCCUUAUCCUCAGCCAAAGAAUUUAGAUAUUGAUGAAGACAUUGAUGAAUUUUAGAAGGGAGGAGAUGGAAUCGAGAGACGACAUAGAUGAUUUUAAGAAAUUAGGAUCUCUCUACUCCACUCAUAUGGGCCAAGGAGAUACCCUCACACCUCAAGUUCCAGCAAAAUGUUCCCACAACUAUAUAGAUGAGGAAGUCGAAAGUCAUUGUACAAAAAAUGUUCGAGUAAAUCUUGAGACGAACAAACUUAACAAGGGAGAUUUCACCAGUAAAGCCACUAGUGGCCAAGAGAUCAAGGUGAACCAACUGGAAACCGUACUCAAUGAGAAAAUACAAGAGAAGGAGAAAAAGGAAAAUGAACUCAAAGAAUUGAGCAAAUUGAUCCAACAACUUGAACAGAAGAUGAAGGAUAAGACUCUAGAGAAUAGGGAAAUCAGAGAGAAAAUUAAUUAUUUGCUACAACUUUAGAUGACCAAUUAUUUCUGUAAGG